GCGACGGGAGGCGAGAGCCAAGCUCCUUCCCCGGCGGCUGCCGCUUUCCGGGCGAUAAUGUUCUGCGAACUGAGCGCUCGCUUCGACCCUUCCCGGGACGUGGGACCUUGGCUUUCGGAGCGGGCGGAGGCGGCUGAGCAGCCGGGACGAGACGGCAGCGCAGAUGCUUGGGGAAAUCAUUUGGAAACGCCGCUUAUAAUAAAUGUGGAAAGAAAUGGAAAUGUUCUUUAUACUUGGAAGGGCCCUCAGGAAUACACAAACGUUGGAUUGUAUGAUGAUGAUAAUAAGAAAAACCAGCACCUCUACACUUUUGAAAAAGACCUGCGGGUGAUCAGCUGUUCCAUCAAUUGUGAAAAGACCUUGUUAGCCAUCAGUUUCCUGCAGACAGCACAGGAAAAGAAAAAGUUCCUUUUUGAAACAGUUCCUAAAUGUCUGACCUUGCUAAUUGAAAUUCACCCGCUUAAUAAUGUGAAAGUUUUAAAGGCUGUGGAUAGCUGUAUUAGAGUACAGUUCCUAUAUCCCCUUACAGAUAAAACGUCAUGGUCAGAUAGCUGCCUCUUACUCAUUUCAGAAGAUAAAUAUGCCGAAAAAUUGGACAUCAAAACUGUCAGAGAAGGAAACAGGGUGAUGAUUGAAAAUUCGAGCUGGCUUUCGAAGGAGAGAAUUGCCGAUGAUCUCGUGUGGUCCCAGUGGGACAUGCUAGAACAAAGACUAUUCUACAUUGUCACAAAGGAAGAAGAAAGGGACAUAUUAAAUUGCAUCCAAUUUUAUCCCAAUAAAGACUUUAAACUGAUACUUGAAGUACCUUUAGAGAUCUCCAUGGCUGACAUAAGAUUAAGAUCCGUGAACGUGAAUUACAGCUAUUAUCGAGACCAAGAAACUAUACCCAAACCUUUGGAUGUACAUGUUUUUACCAGUGACACAGGAAGUUUAUGUUUGUGUUAUAGUUUGGCUAGUAUGAAUUCCAAGGAAGUAUCUUACUCUGUGGCUUUUCUACAUAAAGGUUAUAGUAAAACUUAUACCGCCACUUUGGAAGAGAUGAAUUAUCUGCAGAUAAAGGAGCUGGGUUUUUUGGAUCUUGGCUCUUACCUGGCUGUGUACUUACCUGGACAAUUCCUGCAUCUUCUGGACACCCAACAUACUGACCUCACCUGCCACAGUUUCUUUCUGUCAGGCGAAGAUGCAAAAAUUAAUCCACUGAACACUGACACCGUCUUUUCCCCAGCCAAAUCAAGUGUCUUGGAUCGCAGCACGGGAAAAAUAUUUACUGUGGAAAUGAGCCCAAAGGCUUUGCUACAAUUUUUGUGGAAGAGCAAGUCAGAUAACGACCAGUUAGCAGCUUUGCACUGUCUUCUACUACAUGUUGGAAGCACGGAGGAAUUGGAAAACCAGAUCAUCCAGUGGCUUUCCGAUAACGCGUCGAGUUGUUUUGCAUUUGAUCCUAUACAAGAGCUAAUCAUUGCUUCUUUACAUUGGAAAAUGUGCCUGGAAUCCAGCCACCUGGAUAAGCUUUUACCGUACACGUCACUGUCAAACUGGAAUAAGAAGGAUAUUCCUGGAAUUCUGUGUAAAAUGUACAUUAUUUCGUUACCCUCUUUAAAGGUAAGUCUGCAUAAUGACAGUAUGAAGAAGGCAGUGAGAACAUCUUACAUCAAAAGUAUAUUUGAAAACACAAAAAGGGUGCUUUCCAGUCUGCAAAGGUGGGAAACAGAAGACAGAACAGCUCCUCUUUUUCAAGAUGAAGAUUACCAGCAAAGAUUGCUAACAGGAUUGAUGGUGGCACAACUCAAAGAGCAUCUCCUACGACCCCUGCAGUGCGUUGGCAAAAAAAAGAUUGAUCAGAUAGCUGUGGAUUAUGUUUCAAAAUUGCUGGACCUAAUCUGUAGGAUGAUGGAGACUGUUAGGAGGAAAUACAGUCUUAGCUCCUUGUCCUUCUCAUGCAGGCAACCAGAGAAAGCAAAUGAGGUCAUCGUGUUCCAUAUCAUGUGCCGGAUUUUGCAGGCAGCCAGCGGGAUGUGUCUGCCUUUGCCUCCAGGAUUCCACACUCUGCACCUGGAAGUGGGGAUGAGGUGCUUCCCUUUGCACAUGGUCCUGCAGUACAUUGACCAUGGAGUUCUGCAUCUAACAGAAAAGUACAUCCUGAAUCUUUGGAAAGAAUUGGACAACACUGAACAGAACGUGAAGCUGAAGUUAAGUAUCCUUACCAGGCUUCCCCAGGCAAUUGGGUGCAAGGUUUGUCAGCUGUGGAACCAUUCUUUGAGCACACAUGUUAUGGCAAAGAACUACGUUAAAGUCUUGUUUGAGAAACUCGGCAGUAAACAGUACAAUAUUCCAUUUACGGACAGAAUAUCACCCCAAAUUGAGUUUCUCCCUCUUAACUAUUUGGUGACUAUCAUAGUAGAGAUGGAACAUCAAGGAUGGGCAGCUUCUCUGGAAGAGACCAACAUGAACGCAAAAUUGGUUGAAGAGGUGGCACUCAAACACACUACAAUGCUCUUAGGCCUUUAACUUAUUUAAUGACCACGAUGAAAUUACGAAUCCAAUAGCAUCAGAAUUUUGUUCUGCCUUUGACAAUUGAAUUCCAGAGAAGAUAAGGAUACAAAGCUGUAAUAUUAUAUCUGAAAGAGAUAUCACAACUUCUACUACUGGAUGUGAAAUUGUUCUGAAUGCAAAAUAUUUUACAUUCAGAUGCGUUGGAACUUGAAACUGGAUUGAUUUUUUUUUUCAUUUUCAAACCUCACCUGGAAACAGCCUGUUCCAAAGAUGAAAAAAAAAAACCCUCUUUU